AUGCUGCUGGACGAGACUCCACUUUUUGAGCCUUCCCUGCUUCAGGAGCUAGACUGGAGUAGCAACGCUGUCUCCUUCUCUCCCCCCAUCUCCCCGUCCAGCCCAGGGGAAGAAAUGAAGAAUAACAAACAAAAGAUGGCGUGUGAGUACCACCCACCUGGACAUUUUCACCAAAGGUUCUUUUGCUUCUGUGUUCCAGGAUUUUUCAAGGUUUUAUCUCAACUCACUCAGGCGGGCGAUGUCUCACCAGAGCAGUUCACGAAAAAGUUUGAGCACAUGAAGAAGACCGGAGACUACUACGUCGUUGUGGUGGAGGACACAAAUCUGGGACAGAUCGUUGCUACGGCUACAUUGAUCACAGAACACAAAUUCAUCCAUUCCUGUGCUAAGAGAGGCCGGGUGGAGGAGGUGGUAGUCAGUGACGUGUGCAGAGGGAAGCAGCUGGGAAAACUGUGAGUAGAUCUGUGUGACAUUUGGUCUUGGCUUGUAAUUAAUAUUUAAAGGUGUGGUAUGCAAUUCUGGAGAAAUCCAAUACCAUGACAAAUACCAUGAUGUAGAGCAAACAACGACCCAGCAAGUAAUCUAACUAAUAUUAGCUAGGUUGUGGGUUAGCAAAUUGUCGCCUACAGUUGCUGCUUUGAAGCUAACAUGCAGAGAGGACAGGACAGUCCCAGAACCAGCACACCAGCUCCAGACAGCGAUACUCACAACUCUCCUGCUACUGUAGCUAACAUCACAACAACAGCAUGGGCCUUUCUCAUUUCCCAAAUGUGUGCCUCCUUGCUUGUCUUAGUCCCUCCCACCCGAGAUGCAAGCUUGAAGAGUCGAGGAGGAGACGCGAGGAGAGAGGAGUCAUUUAAAGAAAUGAGAUGUCAUUUUAAAGUGACGUCAAUUAAAUAUGAACUGUUGCACUGCUGCAUCAUCUGUCAGCUGUUUUGAGAGUGCUGCUGUGAUCUCUGUCAGAUGAGCAGACCAGCUUUUGGCACUAAAGGCUACAGAUCAUAUCUUCACAAUCCAGAAACAUGUCUGUCAACAUUAUUAACACGUAAAAAAAAUCUCACAGUUCCAAUAAACAUUAUAGCAUAUUUUUUUGGCGGUCCGCCUUUUGCCUGAAAACAGGUGAUCAUUUCAGCCCUCUGCCUGAUGAGGUGAGUUUCAUCAUCAGUCCCUUUACAAAAUCAGACACUAACAUUUAUCAACAUAAAGCCCCUAUUAAAACUCAUCACAGGACUAUACUGUUGGAAUGACAUGUGUAUACUACAUAGGCACCUUUAUUAUAACA